CCGACGCACCGUGGCAUGCAUCAAUACGAGCGUGCGCGGCUGCCGUAGGUGCGGUGGGAACAAGAGAGCGUGCGCUUCGCCGUCCCGCUGCCACGUGGGCCCCGCCAAACCAGCAUCAAACCCUAUCCCACUCCUUUGGUCUUGGCGGCUUUGGCGCUUUGCAUCUCUCCCAGCCCCAGUCGUCGUCGGCGCGGCCGCAGAAUCCGAGAUUAGGGUCCGCGGUCGAGAAGAAGGAGGCGGCGAUGAUGGCCUGCCGGCUACGGCUCCACCAGCUUAGGCUGGUUGGAGUCCGGCCGACCUGCUGCUUUCCGUCCAGGAACUUGGCGGCUGUCAAAUCCCAGAAAAUCCAGCCCCCAAAGAAGAAAAAGCGAUUGGAUGAGGCGUGCCUUGAGAGGUAUCAACAAUACAGUAGAACGUACAUCCAGUCAUGGAUUCUUCAGGGUAAGGUCCAUGUAAACGGAAGGGUUGUGAACAAAGCUGGAACACAAGUAUCUGACAAGUCAGUCAUAGAAAUCAAGGCUGAAAUCCCGAAAUAUGUAUGUAGGGCUGGGCAUAAGCUUGAGGCAGCUAUCAAAGAAUUUGGAGUUGACUGUGAUGGAAAGAUAGCCCUUGAUUCAGGGCUGUCUACAGGUGGUUUUACCGACUGUUUACUUCAGCAUGGGGCAUCACAUGUGUACGGUGUUGAUGUUGGCUAUGGACAGGUGGCUGAAAAAAUUCGUGUGCAUGAAAAUGUCUCAGUAAUUGAACGUACAAACUUGAGACAUCUUACUAAGCUGCCACAACUGGUUGACCUGGUGACGUUGGACCUAUCAUUCAUCUCAAUUCUUGUGGUUAUGCCUGCAGUGGUCAAAGUAAUGAAGACAGACUCAACAUUGAUAACACUUAUCAAACCUCAGUUUGAAGCUCGUAGAUCUCAGGUAGGAAAAGGUGGGAUUAUUCGAGACCCUCUGGUUCAUAAGGAGGUGUUAGAUAGGAUAAUUUCAGGCGUUGAGCAGUUUGGAUUUCGCAAUGGGGGCUGGAUCAAGUCUCCGCUGAAGGGCGCAGAAGGGAACACAGAGUUUCUUGCCUGCUUUGAGAGGAUCCCAAUGCCAGAGCCACACACUGAGGCAGAAGCAGGGGCAGAGGCAGAGGCGGCGGCGCAGGCGGAGGCAGAGCCAGAGGCAGUGGUUGAAGCACAGGCACAGGCAGAGGCAGAGCCAGAGCCAGAGGAAACAUGAUUCUUAUUAUUAUGUCCACGGCAUGGCAAGUUUUUUUUAGAGAAUAGCUGGAGAAUCCUGAAGUAGACCAAGGAAGUUAUAAGAGAUUAGCAUGCUGUGAUAUGAGAGAUCCUCAAUCAAGUUAUACCGAGAUUUUUUUGCAUAUGCUGUUGCGAAGCUCAAAAAUUGCAUUCUGCAAGACCGACAAAGGAGAUUCAGACAUGACAGGCAGGUACUCAGUUGUAUACAAAAUGGAAAUGGAAUGAAACAAUUAGCUCCAGUGUUUUAUUUUUAUUUUUAUUUUAUAUCUUAGCAUAGCAUACGGGAUGUGCUCCCUGUGCACCGAGAAGGUAGAACACAGUUCCGCUUACAGUCUUGUACCUUUUGUGAUUUUGCUACGAAGGCGAAUACAUUCACCGCAGUUCGUUCCACUGAUCUGACGAAGCGAUUUGAACUGGAAAAUGUUCAAGAUGA